CCAUUUGUAGUAAAAGUUUUUAGAAUGUUUUUUAUUUCGAAGCUUUAAGAUUUGGGUUAAUUAAUCAAAUUUUGCCUACGGCAAAGCCUACCCAGUCUUUAUUUGUAAUCAGGAUACUUGAAAAAUAGAUCAACAAGUAUCAAUAGAUAACCUAUAGCCUUCACUUUAUUGAUAAUCUUGUGGAGCCUAAUCCUGGGGAAAAAAGGAAGAAAAAAUAAACAGAAAAUAAUGCGCGACUACAUCGAAAAUUACGGUACCACCACGCACCGUAGCUUACAUUUUAUGGGACGACAAGUCAGACACGCCACAAGCAUUUACAUUAUGAAAAUUAAUGGAUGUGUUAAAUUUUCAACUCUUAUAACAGCGAUACACUAAAAACGGUCGCCAAAGAUUUGAGGAAUCCCCUUUUCCUUUUGUGCCAGCCCCCACGUGUUGUCGUAGCGGCAAAUACAUUGGUUGCAGCUAGUUGUCAUUGACAUUGACACACUCGCAUACAGUUGUGCUGCGCACAGUGCAGGCGUUCAAGUUCUUGUAUGUACAGUGCUUCGUCUUUAUGAGAGAGCACACCCGUUACAAUGAGUGAAUAUUUUAGCCUUUCAGACUGUGAUGUUAUUGGUUUUGAUUUGGAUCACACUCUCUGUCGAUACCAUUUGAAGGAGACAUCUAGGCUGAUCUAUGAGAGUUUUGCCAGUUAUCUGGUGGAGCACAAAGGCUAUGACAAGGACCUUCUGACACUAACCCCAGCAACCUGGGAUUUCUGUUUUAAAGGCUUAGUGGUGGACCUUGAGGAUGGAAACCUGGUAAAGCUGGCAGAAGAUGGAACUGUUUUACGAGCAACUCAUGGCACCAAUGACCUCAGCACAGACGAGAUCAUCAAACAUUAUGGCCCCCAAAGGGAAUGGAAGCAUUUCAAUAGCCUCAAUACAUCCUUCACAAGAUCAACAAAAUACUAUUUUUAUGACAACUAUUUUGACCUGCCCGGAGCUCUUCUAUGUGGAAGGGUAGUGGAUAUGUUGCAUAAGCGUGGAAAUGAGGUUAAUUCAGAUUUCUGGAAAGACAUGUUGGCCGCAAUCGACCACAAUUACAACACAUCGGCGUUUAAAGAGGAUGCUGGGACGUACUUCCCCAGUGUGAAGCGGGACCCAGGCAGGUACCUGCAGCCCUGCUCAGACGCCGUCAAGUCCUGGCUCCGCUGCAUGAAGAACGCUGGCAAGGUCCUCCUGCUCAUCACCAGCUCUCACAGCGACUACUGCAGACUCAUCUGUGAUCACGUCCUGGGGAAGGACUUUGAGGAGCUGUUUGACGUCAUCAUCACCAAUGCCUUGAAGCCUGGCUUCUUUUCCUUGGUGCCCCAGCAGAGACCUUUCCGGACCCUGGUGAACGACGUGGAGGAGAGUGAGGGCCUGCCCUCCCUGGACAAGCCUGGCUGGUACUCCCAGGGCAACUGGCCCCACCUCCACGAGCUGCUGAAGACCAUGACGGGGAAACCGGAACCCACGGUGGCAUACUUUGGGGAUAGCAUGCGAUCGGACAUGUUCCCCGCUAGCAGCUUUGGGAAAUGGGAGACAGUGAUGAUCGCAGAGGAAAUGGAGGGAGAGGGCGUUCCAAAGAGCCAGGCGGCCAAGUCCAGCCAGGCCCAAGUGGAGCCUCUGGAGAAGAAGGGAAAGUUUGAGGACCAGGGCAUGAAGUCGCCCUCGGCACCCUCGGAGCAGUGGGGUUCCUACUUUGUCGACGCCCAUAAGAGUGUUGAAGGGGAGGAGGAGAGCCAGAGGCUCACCUGGUGCUGCCACAGCCUCCACAAGUACAGCACCAUGGCCAUCCCCAGCGUGGAGGCCAUCGCAGACCUUCCCCUGGACUACAAGUUUCCCAGAUUCUCACCAAACAAGCCGUGUACCACAGGCUACUACCCCAGGCCUCCUGACUCCCUGCUCAGGAUGGUCCAGAGUCAGUCCUAGGAGCCCUCCCUCCUCCCUCCCUCAGCCCUCCCUCCCUCCUCCCUCCCUCAGCCCU